GCUGCAUGGCGCUGAGAUGGCGGGGGCGCCGCGCGGCGGAGGCGGCGGCGGAGGCGGCGCGGGCGAGCCUGGGGGCGCCGAGCGGGCGGCCGGGCCAGGCGGCCGGCGCGGGCUCCGGGUGUGCAACGAGGAGUUCGCUUGCCCCGAGCUGGAGGCGCUGUUCCGCGGCUACACGCUGCGGCUGGAGCAGGCGGCCACGCUGAAGGCGCUGGCGGUGCUCAGCCUGCUGGCGGGCGCGCUGGCACUGGCCGAGCUGCUGGGCGCGCCGGGGCCGGCGCCCGGCCUGGCCAAGGGCUCGCACCCCGUGCACUGCGUCCUCUUCUUGGCGCUGCUCGUGGUCACCAAUGUCCGGUCCCUGCAGGUGCCCCAGCUGCAGCAGGUCGGCCAGCUGGCGCUGUUCUUCAGCCUCACCUUCGCGUUGCUCUGCUGCCCCUUUGCGCUGGGCGGCCCCGCCCGGGGCUCCGCCGGGGCGGCCGGGGGACCGGCGACCGCGGAACAGGGUGUUUGGCAGCUCCUUUUGGUCACCUUCGUGUCCUAUGCCCUGCUGCCCGUGCGCAGCCUGCUGGCCAUCGGCUUCGGGCUCGUGGUGGCUGCCUCACACUUGCUGGUUACAGCCACCUUGGUCCCCGCCAAGCGCCCACGUCUCUGGAGGACGCUCGGUGCCAACGCCUUGCUGUUCGUUGGCGUGAACAUGUAUGGGGUCUUCGUGCGGAUCCUGACCGAGCGCUCACAGAGGAAGGCGUUCCUGCAGGCCCGGAGCUGCAUCGAGGACCGGCUGAGGCUGGAGGAUGAGAACGAGAAGCAGGAGCGGCUCCUCAUGAGCCUCCUGCCACGGAAUGUUGCCAUGGAGAUGAAGGAGGACUUCCUGAAGCCCCCCGAGAGGAUUUUCCACAAGAUUUACAUCCAGAGGCAUGACAAUGUGAGCAUCCUGUUUGCAGACAUCGUGGGCUUCACGGGCUUGGCGUCCCAGUGCACGGCCCAGGAGCUGGUGAAACUCCUCAAUGAGCUUUUUGGCAAGUUCGACGAAUUAGCCACAGAGAACCACUGUCGCCGCAUCAAGAUCCUUGGGGACUGCUACUACUGUGUGUCGGGCCUCACCCAGCCCAAGACCGACCACGCCCACUGCUGCGUGGAGAUGGGGCUCGACAUGAUCGACACCAUCACGUCCGUGGCCGAGGCCACCGAAGUGGACCUGAACAUGCGUGUGGGUCUGCACACGGGCAGGGUCCUCUGUGGCGUCCUGGGCCUGCGCAAGUGGCAGUAUGAUGUGUGGUCCAACGAUGUGACCCUGGCCAACGUUAUGGAAGCCGCUGGCCUACCUGGGAAGGUUCAUAUCACAAAGACGACCCUCGCAUGCUUGAAUGGGGACUACGAGGUAGAACCAGGUUAUGGACAUGAGAGGAACAGUUUCCUGAAAGCUCAUAAUAUCGAAACCUUUUUUAUUGUGCCAUCCCAUCGCAGAAAGAUAUUUCCAGGCCUGAUUCUCUCAGAUAUAAAACCGGCAAAGAGGAUGAAGUUCAAGACCGUCUGCUACCUGCUGGUGCAGCUCAUGCACUGCCGGAAGAUGUUCAAGGCCGAGAUCCCCUUCUCCAAUGUCAUGACCUGCGAGGAUGAUGACAAGCGGAGGGCGUUGAGAACAGCCUCGGAAAAGCUCAGAAACCGCUCGUCCUUCUCUACCAACGUUGUCUACACCACCCCAGGCACUCGUGUCAACAGGUACAUCAGCCGCCUCCUAGAAGCCCGCCAGACAGAGCUGGAGAUGGCGGACCUGAACUUCUUCACCCUGAAGUACAAGCAUGUCGAACGGGAGCAAAAGUACCACCAGCUUCAGGACGAGUAUUUCACCAGCGCUGUUGUCCUCGCCCUCAUCCUGGCUGCCUUAUUUGGCCUUGUCUACCUUCUAAUAAUCCCACAGAGUGUGGCCGUCCUGCUCCUGUUAGUGUUCUCCAUUUGCUUCCUGGUGGCCUGUGUCCUGUACCUACACAUCACCCGGGUCCAGUGUUUUCCAGGGUGCCUGACGAUUCAGAUUCGCACUGUCUUGUGUAUUUUCAUAGUGGUCUUAAUCUACUCGGUAGCCCAAGGAUGUGUGGUGGGCUGCCUGCCCUGGGCCUGGAACUCCAAGCCCAACAGUACCCUGGUGGUCUUCUCCUCUGGGGGCCGGCGCACAGCGCUGCCCGCCCUGCCCUGCGAGUCUGCACACCACGCCCUGCUCUGCUGCCUGGUGGGCACCCUCCCGCUAGCCAUAUUCCUGCGGGUGUCCUCCUUGCCAAAAAUGAUCCUGCUGUUGGGGCUCACCACGUCCUACAUCCUCGUCCUGGAGCUCAGCGGAUACACCAGAUCUGGGGGCGGUGCUGUCUCUGGGCGCAGCUACGAGCCGAUCAUGGCCAUCCUGCUGUUCUCCUGCGCGCUGGCCCUGCAUGCCAGGCAGGUGGACGUCAGGCUGCGGCUGGACUACCUCUGGGCGGCGCAGGCAGAAGAGGAGCGCGAGGACAUGGAGCGGGUGAAGCUGGACAACAGGAGGAUCCUCUUCAACCUCCUGCCGGCCCACGUCGCCCAGCACUUCCUCAUGUCCAACCCCCGGAACAUGGACCUCUACUACCAGUCCUACUCCCAGGUGGGUGUCAUGUUCGCCUCUAUCCCCAACUUCAAUGACUUCUACAUCGAGCUGGAUGGCAACAACAUGGGGGUGGAGUGUCUGCGGCUGCUCAACGAGAUCAUCGCCGACUUUGACAAGCUCAUGGACAAAGACUUUUACAAGGACCUAGAGAAGAUCAAAACCAUUGGGAGCACCUACAUGGCCGCGGUGGGGCUGGCGCCCACCUCGGGGGCCAAGGCCAAGAAGUCCAUCUCCUCCCACCUAAGCACACUGGCGGACUUUGCCAUUGAGAUGUUUGAUGUCCUGGAUGAGAUCAACUACCAGUCUUACAACGACUUCGUCCUGCGAGUUGGCAUCAACGUGGGCCCCGUGGUGGCCGGAGUGAUCGGGGCUCGCAGGCCCCAGUAUGACAUCUGGGGAAACACAGUCAACGUGGCCAGUCGGAUGGACAGCACCGGGGUCCAGGGAAGAAUCCAGGUGACUGAGGAAGUCCACCGGCUGCUGAGAAGGUGCUCCUACCACUUCGUGUGCAGAGGCAAAGUCAGUGUCAAGGGCAAGGGCGAGAUGUUGACAUACUUUUUGGAAGGCAGGACUGAUGGAAACGGCUCCCAGACCAGGCCCCUAGGCUUAGAGCGAAAAAUGUGUCCUUAUGGGAGAGCCGGCCUUCAGGCCAGACACCCCCCUGUGUGCCCCACGGCUGGGCUCCCAGUCAGGGCCGGGCUCCCCCCGCACCCCACCAGCCAGUACCUGCCCCCCAUGGCAGCUGGGAAGGAGGCUUAACGGAGCCCACGCUGGCUGCUGGGGGUGCACACAGGGCGAGAACGCUCUGGGGCGACACAGGCCACUGCGGCUCCAGCCAGGACGAGCCAGACCCGCAGAGCCGGCAGGCAGCGGCCCGGCUGGAGGAGGAACAUUGUCCAGGCAUGGCCUGUGGCCCGAGGGCCAGCAACCCGGCAGAAGCGGCACAGCAGUGACUUGGUGAGGGGAGGACACCUGUCUGCACACACAUCCAGGCCUCGCGGGAGAUGUGUCCACUCUGUCCUCCCCUCCGCGGGAGAGGGAGCACUGUCUCUUUCCAGCAGGCCUUUGCGGGUUUGGCCAGGUUGGUGUCAGUGUCAGGAGUUCAGAACAUCCGCCGGGCUACAGCGACAGCCGUGGAGGUCUGGCUGGCAGAGUGGCCUGGAGCCUGCCGGGAGUGCUCCCUGAGACAGCUCUGUGCCUCCCCAGCCGAGGUGGGGCCCGGCGUGCAGGGGGCUCCAGGCCUGGGCAGCGGCUUGCGGAGCUGGAGUGGGAAGUCAGGCCUCACCGGGCUGGGGCUGUUCACACCACGGCGCGGACUGUUCACGCUCGGGCUGGACAGUUUGGGGAGAAUGGAGAAGCUGCUCUCACUGCAUGGAUAGUGGUGGCCACGCCUUUCCUCAGAGUGGCUGUUUGCUCAAAGCCGGAGGUAGGUCUCCUGGGAGUCUCGGGGCCCCAGCCCCGUCUCCAUAAUCCCGGCCAGCGUCCGCUUCUUGUUCUGCCUGUGUGUUCCCCAGCCGCGCCACCUGGGAUCUGGCUCCUGCGAAACCUGGACGUUCUCUGUGCUGCACGUCACUGCUGUGUUUGUUCAAAGGAGAAGAGGGACCGGUGUCAUUUCUUCCUUUUCUCUGUGGUGUCCUGGGUCCUGUACAUGUGCAACAGUGCCAGGCUGCAUGUAUGUUGAAAAGCAGCGGCCCUUACACCCAUGAGCAGGCUUCCUUGAUGGCAGAUGAUCGUGAUGGAGAUGAGGAUGAGGGGCUCAGGGGUCUGGGAGAGCCGGUGGGAUGGGACUGGCCAGAAAUAGCCAGGCAAGUCCUGGCACGUGGAGACCCUGGAUCUCUGUCACAGGGAGGAAGGCAGCUGGAGAUGGGAGGAAAGGGUCUGGGGACCUGCUGCUCUGAAACGUGCUCAGAGAGGUUUCCGUGGACUGCAGGGGAGGCCAGAGCCUGUCUCUGCUCGAAGCCAGCUGGCUUGGGGGAUCCCUCCCCUCAUUGCUCCACAAGGGCUCUACUCCCUUUCUGGGGGUCCUGACUUUUCAGAAUGGGAGCAGAGAACAGCCCAGACUUCCUUCCCUGGAGUGUAGGCCUGUUGGGGCCUGCUCUGGACUGACCCCCAUCAGGGUGGGCAGGCGAUGUCCUUUGGCCACUCUCACCGUGGCAUGUUAGACUUGGCCUCCCGCAUGGGGAGGGCGACCCUGGCUCAGCCGUGUGGCCCUGUGGGGUCAGCAGGGGCCUCAGCCGUAGCUGGGGAGGCCAGGCCUGCGAGCUUUGCAGGGCAGCCGGGUUGGGGCUGGCUGGAUGGCUGUUCCAGAGGGACUCAGGGUUGGUGGUCGUGGCUCCAGCAGAGGCAGGACUCAGGACAGAGACGGACAGGGUGGACAGCUUCUGGCAGGGGAGGGUGGAAGAGGCUUCAUGCAGGCCGUGGACCACAGGUGGCCGGAUGGGCUGUGGGAGGCACACCCCGUCUACUCUUCUAUCUCUCUCCGGGCUGGGCUGUGGCUUCUGUGAUGCACAGGGGGGCUGAAUGGUCUCCUGCACCUUCCUGAGAGUGAUUUUGACCCAUGCCUUUCCUGGCUGCAACAGGGAGCUCACAGGCCAGGGCCGCCUACCCCCUGGCCCCCCUGGAGAGUUUAGGGGUGGAGAAUGGGCAGCUUUUGUCUUCCUCGUGUGGUCCGCAUGUCACCGUCCACUAAUGCACCCUGGCAUUCUGGCAUCACCGGUGCGGGCUGGGGUCCCAAUAAGCCCUAGGGCAGAAGGAGAUGCUAGAGGGGGCUUCUGGCCGCUGUUGGGGCGUCCACAGGAGCCUGUGGUUGUGCAGAAUCUCCGGGCUGCCUGCGAGGGUGCCUAAGGACAGGCAGGCUCAUCACGAGGUCCAGGGACCAUCUGAGCUCCCCACGAGCUGAGCACUGGCUGGCGCCCAGCUGCCAGCCGCUCCCCACAGGCUGUGCGGAGUGUGGAGAGCCUCUCUGGCUCGGCCAGUGCUGCCGCCCACCCCGGGCUGUCCGGGUAGGGGGUAGACAGAGGAGUGGCCCCCAGAGGUGUCCACACCCUAGACCUAGGCCCUGUGGCUAUGCUCUGUCACUUGGCAAAGGGGACUUUGCAGUCAGAAUUAAGGUUAGUGAACUUAGGAUGGGAGAGGAUCCUGGGCUACCCGAGUGGGCUCAGUGCAGCCAGAUGGCCCCUUGGAAGGGGACGAGGGAGGCAGAAGAGCCUGGAAAGAUUUGAAACAUGACAGGGAUGGCACCACCGUUACUGGCCACAGCCAAUGCCCGAGGCCACUUGACAACCUCAGCCCCAGCCAGCAAGGAAGUGGGGACGUCACUCCCACAAUUACAAGUCGCUGAAUCCGGCAACAGCCUGAGCGAGCCCAGAGCCUGCAGGAGGAGCAGAGCCCAGCCUGGUGACACCUUGGUCUGGCCCGUGAGACUGAGCACAGAGCCGGCUGCCGCACGGCGUCCGGCCUGGGGUCCACAGAGCCGGGAGGUCACACAUGUGCAUCUGUGACACCACUCAAGGCAGGGCAGUCACGCAGCAGCAGGAGGAAGCCAUGCCGGCGACCACACUUCCUCCCCUGGGCGCACGACCUUUCUGAAAUGGACCCCACGGCAGCCUUGGCGAGGUCUCCACGUCACGGGGCAAACAUCUCCAUCAUCAGCAACUCCAAACCCCACCUAUUCCUGGGAGUUCAGGAACUGUGUUUAGCCAUAACGUUCCUUGGGGUUUGGUGAAAAACAACUUCCUUUUUAUUUGUGAUAAAACUGUAUUAUAUUGCCUUAUUUAUUUUUAAUCGUGUACAAUAUUCAUGUACAAAUGUUAGAGCCAUUUGGGUAGGAUUCCCUCGAAAUUCUUUCAGAGGCUCUGUAAAUAGUGCACCUGUUCCAGGUGCUGCCUGUCUACUCGUACCAAAAAUGAAGAAAAGCCCCACGCCCGCCCCAGCCUGCUCGACGACGCUGUGUGUUCCCUUCCCCGCCCCCGCAUGCCUCCCCUGCCUGCCGCCUAGGUAGAGCACAGCCCAGAUGCUUCCAAAGGUCUCCGUGGGCCCUGCCCACCCCUGCGGGUCUCUGUGUCCUGCAGUCAGACGCCCCCCACAGACCCAGAAACCUAAGUUGCCAGCCCGUGUUUCUCACACUCUAAAGCCACCGGGGCUUCUGGAACACCUGUCAUAGAAGCAAUAACUCUCAGUCUAUCCCGUGGAGACGAGUCUGGUCCAGAGCAGAUUGGUAAUGCAGAGACAAGCUGUGCACGCGGGUGUGCCCAGUUCCCUGGCUCUGUGGGGCUGCCACGCCCGAAGCCCCGCCCCUUCCUGAAGACCCAGCUCUGGGACCUCCGUUCCCGUGGGCUGUCAGGGCUGGGCCGGGCUCAGCACCCCAGGCCUGGUGAGCAGGCAGAGCCGCGUCAAACCCUCCUCAGGUCAUUGUCACUCCACCCUGGCUCAGGUGAGGGAGGAAGGAGGCGAUGACACCUCCCCAUCCAAGAUCUGUUCAGAUCAACAAAUCUCAGUACCAGUCUCGCUCUACCGAGGGUGGUGAGCUGCACAGUUUGUGGUGGCAACAUUCAAAGGACGACACGGCUUCCUCAUGGCACACCAUUGUAGGGAAAUGGCGGCGCGCUGCAGGUUGUCCUCAUUCACCCUCCACGCUGCUGGUGCCAUCCUGGUGGACAAGAGCCCCCUGGACAUGUGUCCAGGAUGGGGGACCCCAUGCCAGGCUGGCCUGGGUGUGGGGAGGUUCUUCUUUGUGGCUCAGACCUUUAAAUUGAGCUUGGAGGAUGACAGAGAGAAAGGUCUUACUCGAGGAACUCAGAUACCCAGAAUAACCGUUGGCACACGAAUCAUUCCAUGCUCUUGGGCACCAGAGAGGAGAUGCCACAGGCAGGUGUCCACGGUUGGCAUAGUGGGUGGUGAGGGGACUCAAGUCCCUUCAGCCUCCUGUGGCCCCAGCCCCCGCUGUGCCAGGUGGGGACCAGUGCAGGGCCGGGUGGGGGAUGGAGCCAGAGGAGGCGUUUUGGAAGGCUCAGUCCGGCUCAGUGGAAGGAAGGCCGUCCUAAUUGCCAUUUCCCACAGGUGGAUUUGGGUGCACCGGGGUGGUCAGGCCCUGCGGUUGGGGUGGGGGUGAUUCACGUGGCACAGGUGGCUCCUCCUGGAAGCCGCAGGUGUCUGUGGUUCUGUGUGAGCCGACAGCGAGGAGCUGCAGGGUGGGCCUCACGUGGGAGAGGGGGACACAGAGCGGCUAGGUGUGGGGUCCCAGGGCCGGGAAGGCUGAGGGCCCCUGAGGUGGCCUGUGGUGGCCUGGAUGGGGCUGGGUGCCAGCAUCGUAGGGCAGGGCCCCUGCCACGGCACCUGUUCCCUCAGUGUGGAUGUUCCUCCCUCGCAGAGUCAUGACGCCAGAGAGACACGGGUGGGGGUGUUCAGGGGCCCCCUGGUCCUCCCUCACCUCGGGGAACCCACAGGGACACUCUGGAAAGUGUCCCGGGGACUUCCCAUGCUGUUCUCUUGUCGUUCACUUGCUACUGGAGGCAGAUCCUGUAACAGGAUGUGAGGAAAUGUGUCACUUCCAUGGUCCGUUCCAUAAGCACCACAGACUCAGUGCCACAUCUUGGGGCUAGGCUUCCCUAAACGAUAUGUGAUCAUCUAAUGAAUCAUACAUUUUUAUUUUUAAAUUUCCCUGAAAAUUGAAUGCAUUCUGUUCCCCAUCAAAUCUGUUCACUAUCUUAAAAAAAUAGUUACUCCACUAGAGGCCACGCUUCAUUCAAAUCAGCGUGUGUGUGCGCCCUGUGUAUGUGUGUUGUGUUGCGUGUGUGAACACGUGUGUGCACAUGUGUGCCUAUCAUGUGUGUUGUGCACGUCUGCGUGUUGCAUAGCAUAAGCCAAAUGAAAAUUAAGUCUUUGUUCCUGGGAUUCAGAUGGAUUAGUAUAAGGAACGAAAUUAAGUUUAAAUACAGACAGAUGAGCUUCAUGCAGGGCUUUUGGGGAAACCAGCCCUGAGUGCCCUGACUUGGUUUUCCUUAGAGAAUCCUCAUUAUUGGAGGAGGAGGAGGUCUGGGCAGGAGGGCAGCAUCUGGGAGGCCAAGGCAGCGUGUGACCCCCUUACGGUGUUCGCUUGGUUUCCAACCCUCUGUCUAUAAUGCACUGCUUUUUUUUUUUUUAAUAUCAGCAAUUCUAAUGUCUACAGUAUCAGCACUAAUGUCCAGGGAUAUUGAGGCACUAAACAGGUCCCAUUUUCCUUUGUUUGGUUGUUUGCUUUGGGGUAGCUGGCUGCAGGAAUUCGGAAGGAGGAGCCGAGUGGGGGUGCAAGCGAACCUCAGCCCACAAGCGCCUCUCUCCCGCUCCCACGUGCUGGGAGCUGCUUUGCAGGCCGGGGCUCCCAGCGGAGAGUCCCUUGGCUUCAGUCUCUCAGCUGUGCAGGGAAAAGAGCCAGAGUAGACAGGUGCCCUUCUUGGGGUGUCCUUCGCAAUUGGCUGGAAAAAAAAUGUUGUAAAUCAGAAAACUGGCCACAGGGGCAGCCAUCUGCCCAGCGCUGUGUCCUCCAUACCUGGCAGGCGCUAGUUACUUUGGGGACCUUUCCUUCAUCCUUUGUGAAAUGAGCGUUUCUUUCUACACGACACUAAAUUCAACGUAUUCUGCACUGAUAACCACAGGGAAGGGCAGUCAUAGCUCUCCUGUCCAUUUGAGAUCGUCUCCAGGGGACCUUUGGGUGUGGCCACAAAUUAAGGAAACACUCAUGACUAGGAGCUAAAUCUGGCUUCACAGUAACUGGGCACUUCUGUGUGCUUCACUUCACUCUCUCCUUCAAACAGCCCAUGGAGGGAGGUAUUAUAAUCCUCAUGUUGUCAGUGAAGAAUCUGAGGCCCAGAGAGGUUAGGGACUUGAGUAAAGUCACACAGCUCUGAGAGGCAGGACCAGGAUUCAACUCCUGCUCUGUCCAGUCCAAACCCUUGUUUCCCAUCACAUUUAGUUCCUCUUUGCUAACAGUGAAAUCUGCAAAAAUUGUGUUGGUUUUGAUGGAGAACUCUAGCUUGUCCGCACACAAGUGCCCACUGUAGUGGAGGGGACACCUUGGCAGGUGGGUUCUAAGCGCAGCCUGUGCUGGGCCCCCGCGGGAAGGCUCGCUCCGACCGCCCAUCCUUGCAGCAUGUGCCCAGUCCGCGCUGGCGCUGGCAGGCCUUGGCCUCACGUUCUUAACUAGAGCAAUGCAAUUCCUCUCGGCUAAGCCGUCCUCCUCCUCAGUUGACCCCCAGCAAGGAAAUAAAAUAUUAGGCUUAAAAAAUCCCAACUUUGUCAUAUCAGAUUUUAUGUUCUAAAACCAUGUUGGAGCACAACCUAUCAUUGUGUCUAAAAAGAUACAGGAUUUCUCAUUGAACAAGAAUAGUCGUCGUCUCUUCCUGUAAGGCCUAAUAUCAAAUAGGGAGAAACUGUGGCACCCACAGACAUCCCCAAACUGCACAUCGUUUGUCCACUUACACAGUGCCAGGCCAGGCUCCCCGCUCCUGGUCAGGAGUUCCCUGAGCUGUGGGAGGCCGUUGGUUGAGUUUGCUGUUUCUGCUCAUCUUCCUCCACUGCAGAGCCAUUCAGUGUUGUCAUCAUGUGCUACUGGUGGGGUAUAGGUGGGUCAGGACAGCUUCCCAGAGACUAGAGGAUGUUCAAAGAGCCACAGUGUUCAGAAGGCAAGAAAGGGACUGUAAUAAUUGUUCACUGCAAUGGUGAGAGAUGUGGCAACCUCCGGAGCACGUGUGCCCGGUUUCCUAGCGUUGGUUUCUGAUGGUACUGGGGCAGCUCAGACUUUCAGCUAGCGUGGCUUCAAAAAGCUUUCGGCUGCUUACUGAGAAUUAAUGUUUAAACAGAGGUGAUCUCCUAGACUAACUCCCAAGAGAUCUCUCCUGUCUCCUGGGCUUAAUAAGCUUGUGCGGGACCAUGCAAGAACACGUGCUCAGAGUGUCCUUGCCGUGGGCGCUGCUUCCCAAGGCCUGCGAGGGAAGUUGGCCCUACAGCAGCCAGAACUCGUUUCUCACCUCCCACCAGCAACUCCCACUCCACUCCGGGCCCCGGGCACACGAAGCACAAGUCUCAGGGGACCCUUCCCACGUUGUGGGGAUCCCGAAGAAGCCCACAGCUGCCUCUCGCAUCCAGGGGGAGUGGGUCCCGCCGACCACCAGGAGCACACACCCCGUGCGGGAGGGCCUGUGGUUUUGCCUUCACCCCUGUCGAAACUGCACAUAUGCAAGCCGUUUGCACUCUGGAAUUGCAUGCCCUGAAAUUCCCAAUUGUGUGAAGUUAGUUUGAAUUCGAAGUCACGCAGCAUGCACAAAGGGACAGGCACAGGCCUGCCCUUGGGUCAUCCACCCGCAGAGCAUAUCCGUAAGCCACGGCGAGUCCUGUGGAGCCUGAGCUUUGCGUAGCUCACGCACUUAUUAUGCACCCUCUCCCUCGCACCCAAACUCCUCUUCCUCCACCAUCCUCAUUUAUACUGAUUGCACACCCCCUGCACAAAUGGAAAUGAUGUCAUCAGUAUGACCAUCUCUUAGCGGUAGAUUCCAUUCUGAUUUAAGGCAAGCCCAAAGCCCACUUUUGGAUUUUCUUGACUUGCUGAGAAAAGUUGCAUAAGCUCCUAUGUCCUUCAGGGUUCGGCUAGAUAGGGUUGUGUCCCUCAGCGGAAUGGAAAGUGAUGUGGGCGAGGGUGUCAUUUUCUCACACAAUAAAACUCAACGAGGAUGCUUCUGUAGAAGUGAGAAACACGAUGACUAUGUUCAGAAUUACAAUAACUCACUCUCACUGGGUAACUUCUCAUGCUAGAUUUGUAUGAUCAAUACGGGUCUCUUUUUAUGUCAACUGAACACUGUAGAGUACCUUCCAGUCUUUUUCAAGAUUGUUAAAUUGAGACAAGUAAUUGAAUAAUUUGUCCUAUUUUUAUUUAAAAAAAAAGUGAAUGGACUGACAUGUUAAAUGUGAAUGUACAUUUCUUAAUUGCAACUUUUCUACUGAGUGUUUGCACUAUACUUUCUGGAAUCUUAUUUAACAAAAAUAAAGGAAAAAAAUUGCUUGACUAAA